GAUUUCUAUUCUGGUUCGUGAUGUGCCGUGUGGCAUUUCUCUUUGUAAACCUCGAGAGUUGCAACAGCAAUGGCGACGGAAUCAAUUUGUCUCAAGGCCGUUACUUUCGCAAGGAUUACGACAAACCCAUCAAAUCAAUUUCGCAAAAGACGAAAACUUUCAUGUCGAAGUCGUCCUUUUCGAUUCGGUGUAAUUUGCUCCAAGACAUCUGAUUAUCAAGAUUUCCAGAGUUAUGCAAGACCUUUGCGUCUCUUACCAGUUGAAGAGGUGAAAAUUUGUAAAAAGAAUCCAUCUUUCACUGUGAGCGAAACUCGAUCUCUUUAUAAGGUUAAGCUUCAGACAAGUAAUGUGUUCGGUUCAGGGAUUAGUGAUAUGAAUGCUAGAGUUCUUAUAUGCUUGAUAGACGAAAAGGGUGAUUCGGUAUUACAGACAAUACCUGCAAAUUUUUCAUCUUUGGAUCCGGAGGUUGUGGAGAAUGGUGAAAGCUUCAAGUUUCAGAGAGGCUCUGUUGAUGAAUUCACAUUUGAAGGAACAAAACUCGGCAAAAUCAGAGCUUUUUGGAUUGGUCUUGAGUCUGGUCAAUGGAGAGUUGGAGGAGUGAGCCUGUGGGUGGUUAAUCCUCAGGGUAAAGAAACCGAUGCAGAAACCUUUUGUUACCGAUAUGAUUUUGAAGUUGAUGAACUCUUGCUUGGAGAGAGAAGUGACCUAUCUAUGGUGGAACUCAGGCCUAUACGUAUCACUGAACUCACUGACUCUGAUCAAAUCCCUUCAUCUACUUCUCUGGAUGUUGACCGUACAACGGUUUCCAAUGAGGAAAGCAUGGAAGAAUACGCAAACUUGAAACUCUCUCUGCUUCUCUAUGAUGCAAUUCUCAUCCUUCUUGGAAGUUCGGUUUUUUCAUUCUCACUAGGCGAAAGUUCCGCCAUUGCUUUCUUCUUUGGUGGAACAAUGGGAUUUCUCUACUUGCUGCUUUUACAGAGAUCAGUUGAUGAACUGCAAGCACCGGGAUCUUCUUCAUCCGGAAACUCCAAUCAAACACUAAGCGGAAGACUCAAGAUUCCUGUUUUGACCCUUGCAUUAGCCAUAGGAUUGACGGUUUUAGCCGUGAGAGGUCACAUUGGAGGAGAUCUUACUGCGUUUGCAGUCACACCAAAAGAGAUAUUGGUGGGAACUUUGGGGUUUCUUGUAUGCAAAGUAGCCGUUGUUUUGGCUGCGUUUAAGCCCUUGAAGGAUGGUUCUUAACUCUUAAGAGAGCCAAUGAUCUGUGUUUGUAAAUGACUGUGUUGUAUAUAACAGAUAUAUGUAAAUAAGAGAUACAAGUAAGUUAUACCGUACAAUAUAUAAAAUAGAUCAGUUUUUUAUA